GCGGCUUGUGUCUCUGCCUACUCCCGUGCGUAAGUGCGCACAGACAGAGGAGUGAAGUGAUGCACUCCCGAAAACGCAAAAUCUGAGCCUGAUAAAAAAGACAAAAACCUUUUGGGAAAGGCGUCUAAAUGCGCACUCGCUGGAGAGGAGUUCAGUUAAGUCAAGUUUAAUCCACAUAGGGUUUUUUGUUUUGUUUGUUCUUUUUAUUCCGCGCGUUUGUUUGUGGAUAAAGAUACGCGAGCAAAGAUGUUCAUCAGCGCGGAUAUUUCUGGACUUUUCGGCAUAUCAUGACCGUGCGCCCUGUCCCCUCUCUUCAGGUCUUUUCGUUUCCGCGCGAAGUUGAACGGAGGAGAGAGCACAAUGAGAGGGAAACACUUUCUCCCCUGCUUCUUGUUGCUCAAACUUAUGGCCCUCGUGUGCAAGGCUGGCGGGAUUCCAGGAGCGCUCGGGGGAUUCGUAAUGAUCGCCACCUCGAACGGCUCCACGCCGGAGGAGAGCGUGUCCGAGCAGACCCCGCACACGGAGGAAAGGUGUCGGGGUUACUACGACGUGAUGGGCCAGUAUGACCCGCCGUUCAUCUGCAAAACGGGCGUGUAUUUGUACUGCUGCGGUACCUGUGGCUUCCGCUUCUGCUGCUCCAUCAAGGAGUCGCGGCUCGACCAGGAAACCUGUACAAAUUAUGACACCCCGAUGUGGAUGAAGAGCGGGCAGACACCCUACAAGAAAACGAACAAGCCUCACGACAGCACCAAAGACAAGACGAACUUAAUAGUUUACGUCAUUUGUGGAGUAGUGGCGAUUAUGGCUCUUGUGGGGAUUUUCACCAAGCUGGGGCUGGAAAAGGCGCACCGACCCCAGAGAGAGAAUAUGUAUAGGGUCGUCGCCAAUGUGCUGCAGGGCGGGUGUCCAGGUGAGCAGUAUCGCGGGGAAGAGGCCCUAGGGAUGCAUUCGCAGCACUAUGUCGCCAGGGCCACAAACAUCCAGGGUGGCCAGAUUAACAACAACGUGGGACCGGCUUCAAACAUGGGCCAGCAGCACCCUUACCCUGCCCUCGGCCAGCUGUCUCACGUCUAUGAACAGCACCAGCAACAGCAACAGCUCCACCAACAGCAGCAGCAGCAACAGCAGAACAAGGAUCUCAACAAGUACGCCUCUCUGAAGGCUGUAGCUGCCAAGUACAACGGCGAACUGUACAACAAGCGUCGCCUGAUGGUAGAGAUGCCAGCAAAAGGACUUCCUCUGCAGCCCAUGGGCAACUCCCGACCAUCCAUGGCGUCCAUGGGCAACAUGUCAUCAGUGACUCCUCAGAUGACCACCAACCCCAUGGCUUCAAACCCUAUGAGCGCCAACCCUAUUAACCACGUCAUGACCCCAAUGACUUCAAUGACACCCAUGACCUCGCUCACCCCAAUGACUUCUAUGACUCCUAUGACUUCCCUCACCCCUAUGACCUCCAUGACUCCUAUGACUUCUUUGGGUCCACUGACUCCAGAGCCAGUGGCCACUUAUGUCACCGAGAUGCCCAGCAUCUCCUCUGUCUCAACCCUGCCGACAGAACGGCACAUAGCCGCUGGAGGAGGAGGGGGACACAAGCCAAACGGCCAGAAACCCAAAGUCAGCCAUGGUCACACUGCCCACAGCUCUCACAGCUCUCACAGCUCUCACACUCAUCUUCACAGCCACAGUAGCAAGCCACCAGGACUAGGGGCUACCUCCCUGGCACACAUGGCGGGGACCAUGCCAGGUGGCACAUCCCUGGGCAUCUCCAGGGCUGCUGAGACUGUCAUUGGCCACGGCUCAGCUACAAUGGGCCGCCCACUGGCGUACAGUUCCAAUACAAUUGCGUCCUCACAUGCGAUGGGGCUGGGGCUGAAGGGCUGGGACGGGACUGAGACGGUGGGCCGGAGGAAGACCUACGGGCACAAGAGGCCUCAGUGUACCAUCCUGGAACCGAACCAGCUCCACAGCACUAGAGGCCACAGCCACAGCCAACACUUCCUCCCCACACAGCCCUACUUUGUGACCAACAGCAAGACAGAGGUGACAGUGUGAGAGAGAAAGACAAGAAGAAAUAAAAAGAGAGGAACAGGAUGCAUGUGGAGUGGUGACACGAGUAAUCUCUGAGUGGAGAUACAGUACCAGCUCUUGAGAUGUUCAAACGUGCAGAUCUUCACGUGUGUUUGUGUGUAGAAGUCGAGGGUCGUUGGUUUACUAUGUCCGAGUGGUCCUUGUUUCACAAACAAAGUUCACGACGAAAUCUCUCUAAAAGACCUUUGCUGUCAAAAGGACGGCCCCCGAGUAGGUGGCAUCUGUAACCAUACUAACAAAGAGCCUACAGAGCAGGGAUGUCUUUACACUUGUGGUGAUAUUAGAAUGUUGUCUCACAGCUAAUAUCUACUCCAUAAUGAUACCGAUAUUGGAGAAUUACAGUGCGACUGCUCUCAGAUGGGAAACUGCUGAUUUAAAAAAAUGGAUUGGUUUAACAAACCAAACCUGAGAAGCAAUAUAAGGGAUCAGCUGUAGGCACUGAAGCAUCACGGGUAAUGAGAAAUACAGCAAUUACCCAUAAACCUCGUGACAAGAGGUGUGCUCACCUGUCCAGCAAAGUACUGAAGGGUUUGGAAGAAAAAACACUUCCUCGUGAUUCACACCCAAAUCUCCCGAGGGCUUUCCAGCAGACACACACGAUGAGGGCCCUGGGCUUUGGACUGCAGACAUGAAGGCUUUGUACUGUGGCUUUUCACACGCACCUCCUUGAGCUGUGCGGCUGAAGGUCUCCCUUUUCCACAAGAAACUCCAGAACAGAGAGCGGAUGCUGUGGCACUGGUUUUAUUUUGUUCUGAUCUCGUCUGCGUGAUGACAGCUGACCCAGGGGAGGGACAGGGAGGCCGGGACGAAGCAUCUGCAUGAUGAAAAUGCACACAUUCAGAAAUACACGGACACGCAGAGUUACCACACAGUUGGGUUUUUAAUUAUUGAUGCCAGUGAAUUUAACUGGCAUCAAAAUUAAAUAGGUUUGAAAAUGCUCUUUUACGUGACACUUUUGACUUUUAGUAAUGGCAGCUACAUCAAAAAGACCAAUGUAAUCCAUGCACACACAGGAAACAUCUUUAAGUUUUCAAAAAACAUUAAAUUGCACAUUUAAAAAACAUUUUAGACAACAUGCUAUGUGGUAUAUGAGAAGACUGAUGCCACCUCUACAUGUCUCUGUGUUAAAUUUAAUGCUAGAGGCAGCAGAUAAUUAACCUAGCCUAAAAAAUUAAUAAAUAUAUGGAAUGAAUGUUAGAAACAGGAGGGGGAACCAUUAGCCCAGUUCUGUGCAAUCGAACAAUAAUGAAAUUGCCUUCAGGGACCUCAAAACAUCACUAAUUAAUAUGUUACAUCUACUUUAUUUAUUCUGGAAAAAAAGAAACCUAAGAGUAAAAAGGACAUCCUGUGGUUUUAAGUGGGGGGGUAUAUGUCAGACUUCACAUUAGGUUGCCAGGCAACAAACUGUUGAACUAUUCCUCUAAAAGAAUUAAUAAAUAGUGCAAAAAAAAAAAAAAAACCCAACCGUGUUCUAAUGUAGCCGUGGUGAGGAUGAUCACGCUGGAAGCAGACAAAAUGACUAAUUUAAUUUAGACUUUGUGUGUGUGUUCCUUUUUUCUGAGUUUUGACCUCUCAUCGUGUUAGAGUUUACAGAGCUCUGGGAUUUAAAAAGUCCUAAAACUGCCACAAAAAGAGCGCAAAGAACAAACACCUUGCUGUCGCCCGCGAGGCACUGCCACGAGAAGCUAGUCUCGAUCAGAUCACUAACUGUACUCAAGCUCCAGCUGAAAAAAAGAAACCCGGCACAACCAGCUGUAAGAAUCUAUCUGGGUUACAUGACUCAAACAUAAAAAUAAAUCCCCUUAAAUCUGGCAAAUAGGCCAAAUCUUCUAAGGGAUUCUCAAAGCCUAUUUGCUUGUUUUUUUUUCAUGUAAGAUAUAUUAGCAGCAGCAGCCACUGUUAUCAUGUAAAUCUUGUCUUCUAAAGUGCUUCAUCCACCUCUAUUAAUUCAACGAAUUAAGAUGAUUUUUAAGUGAUCAGACUGCACUAAAAAUGAGAAGCAUUUGGCAGAAGCGUAAACACAGUUGACAGCAGACAGCAUCCCACUAACAAAGACAGAUUGUGAGGGCAUUUUUGGAUAGAGAACAAGGAAGAAAAAAGCCGGGGGGUGUUUAAAGUAGGAAAACCUGAGAGGGAGAGGGCCACGUGACAAUCUUGUGAGAGUAAAGGAUAUGAAUAUCAGCGUAUACCUGAGACAGUUUUUUGCCGGCAUCAGCUGCACUGCAAGCAGUUUGGGCACGUUAUGGAUGGAGGUGUAAAAGGAGAACCUAAUACUGCAGUAAUACUGCAGGUUCUAAGUCGGACACGAGAAGAAACACCUAGGCCAGCUGAGCGCAUAGAUAAGGGGCUCUGAGGGAAUAUUUUUCCCCUCAUGCUGUGGAGCCCCCUGCUGCCUUCACGAUCACGUGACUGUAACCCGAGGCCAGAUUGAAGGCAUGGAACAGGAUUUAAUAAGUCAUCAGAGCAUUAAAAUGUGUCACCUACACACUUAACACACACACACACACACGUGCGCACGCAUGUCGCGAACACAUUACAGGGUGGACUCUGCUUUCCUUGUGUUCCCACAGUGCCGAGCGGCAGGUGUCAUCACAGCAGAGAGACCAAGAGUCGGUACUGUUACUGCGCCUGUUGUACAUGAAAGACUGUGAAACUCCAGACCAUGGCCCUUUGUAGCGAUAACUGAUAUUAUGCUUUUUAUAUAUAAAUAUAUAUAUAUAUAUAUAUAUAUAAAUUUACAUAGCCUUUCUCUCUUAAUCUAUUUCUUUUCAUCCUUUCCUCUUCUACACUUUUCCCCCUCCUCUUAUCCUUUUCUCUGUCAGUCUAAGGAGAAAGACCUUCAGAGUAAAUAUGUGAGAGAAAACAAAAAUGGGGCUGCGAUGAAUCUUUUCUGUAACAACAAAGUUCAGGCACAGUAAGACUGUG